GCAAGUUCCCGCGAUAGUACACGGUAGAUUUAAGUGAAGGAAUGAAAACAGUAUGAAAAGGCUAACCUGACACUUGAAUCGGAAUUGAGGCAGAACAACUUGAUUCCAUGAAGACAUCCUCCACAUGUGAAGCUCUUCAUUGGCUCACAGUAUUUCGUCCUCUCUGCCCCCACUGUCUUCAAUGAUGUAGGUGUGCUUGAUCGUCUGUGCAGCAGUUCCUUGUUAAGGGCCAUUUCCUAUUGCCUUCUGUGGAUUUCUGCCCAGACCUCAAUGUCUCCCUUCCCUCACACUUUACCACCCUGAGUCUGGAAACGUCACAUCUCCUGAGUCGAACCAGUGAGUCUACCCCAUUCAGUCCCUGGUUGAACAGUCCACCUGAAUCCACUCCCUACACCCUAAGGCCAUGCUGUUCUCCCUGCGGGAGCUGGUCCAGUGGCUGGGCUUUGCCACGUUCGAGCUCUUCCUCCACCUGGGGGCUCUGCUGGUCUUCAGUGUGCUAGUAGCACUGCGGACUGACCUGUUUGCCCCUGGCAUGAGCUGGUGGCUGGUCUUCGUKCCUCUGUUUGCCGCUGAUGGCCUCAGCACCUACUUCACAGCUAUUGUAUCCAUCCGGCUGUACCAGGAGAAUGAGAAAAGGCUAGCAGUGCUGAGGCUGCUGUGGGUGCUGAUGGUGCUCGGCCUCAAGCUGGUGUGUGAGGUGCUGCUGUGCCAGAAGUUGGUUGAGCAGGAACAGGCACGCGACCUGGGGUUUGGUCCUAUCGUCUCACCGCUCUUCAUCCUCCUGCAGCUACUGAUGAUCCGCUCCUGCCGUGUCAACUGAUUCCAAGGGGCGGUGUGAUGAGGGCAGGAGUCGUUUAUCAGCUAUAGAAGAUCCAGGUUUAUUCAUACUAGGUGACUUUUAAUUAACUGACUAUUGUGAAAUAGUUUUUGGACUAAUGGCUGGAGAGAUGAGGGUCACAGGCUUCCCCUCCAUUUCUAACCUUGUCUGAGGACAGUGUGACAGAAUGUGUUUUCCAUGAGCAGUCCUUUGUCAGUAUGGCUCUCCUGGACAUUGCUUCCUGUGGAUACCUUUUUUUGUAUUUGAUCUGUUAUGGACCUCUUGCUCAAGCAUGUAUUGAUGGCCUCAUUUUAUCCUUCAUUGUAAUUUAUUUCCUGAUGUGAUGCUGGGGAGGGACAUUUGAGAAUUGAAGUCUUUUGAAUUUGGUAAGACUGUCUGCAGCUUUGUUUGUUUUAGUCCAUUUAUUAUGUUCUUGUUUUUGGUACCCAUGUUGUGUUUCUAUAUACAGUACCAAUCAAAGUACCUUAUCCUCUGCAUCAGAGGUAACUCUGGGUCUUCCUUUC